AUGAAAAGCAGUUUCAUUUUGAGGAAAGAAAUGAUGAAGGAGAAAGGAUACAAAAUCCAUGAGAGUAAUUGUCUUUACACUGAUAUCCCUACAGGUUACGUGCCGAAAUGUCUCAGUUCUAUGUCACUACCUUGUGAUCGAAAAAAGUCUAUUGCAGUGACGAAUUUGGAUCCAGAUUACAACGGCUCUGGAUCUGUAUGCGUAUCCUUGGCGUCGGAUAAAAUCAAGAGAAAAGACUCCUUCCGGAAGAAAUUGGGAUCAUUUUUCUCUUCUAGAAAGCUGAGCAAAUCUGAGCCAACCUCUGACUUUUCCGAAAAACCAACUGAGUCCUUUGGAGUCCCAAGCGCUCAAGAAGAUAUCACAUUCCUACAAACUAAUCCAUAUACACAAAACAGUUCAUUUCAAUCAUCACACAGAGUGUCAUCUCUUGAUGUGAGAUUGGAACCUCCAAGUUUUGAGCCAAGAGGAUAUGCGGGCUCAGUGUAUCUGAAGUCUAGGUGUUCAGACAAUAUCUCCACCUUCAGUGUUACCUCGGAAAAAUCCAGAUUAUCAUUCUUCAGACGUAAUAAAAUUGCAGGACAAUCGGCGGAAGAAAGUGCUGGAAGAAAAGGGAACAAGUACUACGUGAAGAAAGUUCCUUUCAAGACUAUCUAUGUUAAGGACUUAGUGAAGUAA